AUGACCAGCACGAAAGCCGAUCAGAGUCGCCCUUUCUCUGUUGCAGUACUGUUUUUGCUCGCGCUGAGCUUACCACGCCUCGUUGUUUCUCAAGAUGCCAAGGCACUCAACAAUCCAGUUGCGCUCGACUUCUUCUCCGAGUUUAUCAAUGGCCAAAUCAAGAAUUUCACUUCCUUAUUCAAGGACGACAUCAAAAAGCAUUAUGGUUUCUGCAUAACAGACGUGGAUGCUGAUUACAAUGGAGCUUUCAAUUUCUCAAAAGAUAUAGGAUUUAUCUCUGCUUGUACUCAAAAAACAAAAGAUAUCAUGCAGCGGUUAUGUACAGCAGCAGAAGUAAAGUUCUAUUUCAACAGCUUCUUCUCACGGGGGCCAUCAGAGAAAACUAAUUACUUGAAACCUAACAAGAACUGUAACCUAUCAUCGUGGGUAGACGGAUGUGAGCCGGGCUGGGCUUGUAGUGCCGGUUCAAAUAAAAAGGUUGACCUGAAAAACGCAAAUGACAUGCCUUCCAGAACUAGUGACUGUGCAGCUUGUUGUGAGGGUUUCUUCUGCCCCCAUGGUCUUACUUGCAUGAUCCCUUGCCCUUUGGGUGCAUAUUGCCCACUUGCAAAACUCAAUAAAACUACUGGUGUAUGCGAUCCAUAUCACUAUCAGCUACCUCCCGGAAACGCCAACCAUACUUGUGGAGGAGCAGACACUUGGGCUGAUAUUUUGAGUACUAGUGAGGAAUUCUGUUCAGAAGGAUCAUACUGUCCGUCUACUGUCAAAAAAAAUCCUUGCAGUAGUGGACACUACUGCAGGACGGGUUCUACAACUCAGCAAGCAUGUUUCCGGAUGGCAACUUGUGAGCCUAGAUCAGCAAAUCAAAACAUUACGGCCUACGGAGUUAUGCUUUUUGCUGGAUUGAGUUUUCUGCUUCUCAUUAUAUAUAACUGUUCUGAUCAAGUCCUUGCAACACGAGAGAGACGACAAGCAAAAUCCAGGGAAAAGGCAGUUCAAAGUGUGCGAGAAACUGCACAAGCACGUGAAAAAUGGAAAUCUGCAAAAGACAUUGCUAAGAAGCAUGCAAUAGGACUACAAUCACAGUUAUCGCGUACAUUUUCUCGCAAGAAGUCUUCGACAUCAGAUCUAAAAGGCUUUGGACUAGGUAGACUAGGAACAGAUUCUUCCUUGCCACCUCUUCCAUUACAAGGAACGUCAAGUUCAUCUCAAAAAUCGUCAAAAGGAAAGAAGAAGGAAAAGAGCAACCUUGUAAACAUAAUAAAUGACAUCGAGCAAGAUCCAAAUAGUCAUGAAGGAUUCAAUCUGGAGAUAGGAGAUAAAAAUAUCAAAAAGCAUGCACCAAAAGGCAAGCAGUUGCACACUCAAAGUCAAAUUUUCAAGUAUGCGUAUGGUCAAAUUGAGAAGGAAAAGGCUUUACAGGAGCAGAAUAAGAACUUAACGUUCUCUGGGGUGAUCUCAAUGGCUAGUGAUAUUGAAAUCAGGAAGAGGCCUACAAUCGAGGUUGCUUUUAAAGAUUUGACCCUCACUUUGAAAGGGAAAAACAAGCAUCUUAUGAGGUGUGUGACUGGGAAAAUAUCACCUGGCCGAGUUUCAGCCGUCAUGGGUCCAUCUGGCGCUGGAAAAACGACAUUUCUCUCUUCUUUGGCUGGUAAAGUGACAGGGUGCACCAUGAGUGGCAUGAUUCUUAUAAAUGGAAAGUCUGAAUCAAUUCAUUCAUACAAGAGAAUAAUUGGUUUUGUGCCACAAGAUGAUAUUGUGCAUGGAAAUUUGACAGUAGAGGAGAAUCUCUGGUUCAGUGCAAGAUGCAGACUCUCAGCGGACCUACCAAAACCAGAAAAGGUUUUGGUUGUUGAAAGAGUUAUUGAGUGCUUGGGACUGCAGGCUGUGCGGGAUUCCCUAGUUGGGACAGUGGAGAAGCGAGGGAUAUCUGGAGGUCAAAGGAAACGAGUAAAUGUUGGGUUGGAAAUGGUCAUGGAACCUUCACUUCUGAUUUUAGAUGAACCGACAUCCGGUCUGGAUAGUUCAUCCUCCAAUUUACUUCUUAAAGCACUAAGGCGUGAGGCUCUUGAAGGAGUGAACGUUUGCAUGGUUGUUCACCAACCAAGCUACACUUUAUUCAGGAUGUUUGAUGACUUAAUACUUCUAGCUAAAGGUGGACUUACAGUGUACCAUGGGUCGGCAAAGAAAGUUGAAGAGUACUUUGCCGGCCUCGGGAUUACUGUUCCUGAGCGUGUCAACCCUCCGGACUAUUUCAUUGACAUUUUAGAGGGCAUAGUAAAACCAAGCGCAAGCUCAGGGGUGAACUAUAAACAGCUCCCGGUAAGAUGGAUGCUUCACAAUGGGUAUCCUGUUCCUAUGGAUAUGCUUCAGAGUGCUGAUGGAAUGGCUGCAUCUGCAAGUGAAAACUCUGCUCAUGGAGCUAAUGCACCUGGUUCUGAAUCCGAAGGGCAGUCUUUUGCUGGAGAAUUGUGGAAUGAUGUGAAGUGUAACGUUGAGUUAAAGAAGGACAAUAUACAACAAAACUUUUUGAAGUCUAGUGACUUAUCCAACCGGAGGACCGCUAGUUGGUUUCAGCAAUAUAGAUACUUUCUCGGGAGGGUUGGCAAGCAGCGGUUGCGAGAAGCUAGGCCACAAGCUGUAGAUUUUCUUAUUCUCUUGCUCGCUGGAAUCUGUUUAGGAACACUUGCUAAAGUGAGCGAUGAAACUUUUGGGUCGCUUGGUUAUACUUACACAGUUAUAGCAGUUUCUCUUUUGUGCAAGAUUUCGGCUUUGAGGACAUUUUCAUUGGAUAAGUUGCAUUACUGGAGAGAGAGCGCUUCUGGCAUGAGUAGCUUGGCGUACUUUCUUUCGAAGGAUACCAUUGAUCAUUUCAAUACACUAAUCAAGCCUCUAGUUUAUCUUUCCAUGUUCUAUUUCUUCAACAACCCUAGAUCUUCUGUGACAGAUAAUUAUAUAGUUUUAAUCAGUCUGGUUUACUGCGUGACGGGUGUAGCCUAUGCCUUGGCCAUCUUUCUUGAACCCGGACCGGCCCAACUGUGGUCAGUGCUCCUUCCAGUAGUCUUGACUCUUAUAGCAACCAAUACAAAUCACAACAAAUUUGUUGAUGCACUAUCUAACUUAUGCUACACGAAGUGGGCUUUGGAAGCAUUUGUAAUUGCAAAUGCUAAAAGAUACUCUGGAGUCUGGCUUAUUACAAGAUGCGGAUCACUCAUGGAAAGUGGCUACGAUCUCAAUCACUGGUACCGCUGUUUGAUCUUACUCAACACUAUGGGAAUAGUCGGUCGCGGUGUUGCAUUCUUUUGCAUGGUAACCUUCCAAAAGAAGUAG